AAAAUGAGCAGACUUGAUCGUUCUAAACUGAACCCGAACUUCGUGAAAAGCAAGCGAAAUGCAGAUGCUAGUGUUGAAAUGUUCAGCCCAGACGUGAACGGGUUUUCGGAUGGUCAAUUGGGCGAAGCAAAGUCAAUACCUCAAGCUAUUUUGAAACGAGCUGCCACAACAGGAAAUCUAAUCUUCUCAAAUAAAGGACUAACCUCAGUUCCGCCUGAAAUUUUCAACCUGGACGAAUCUAUUGUCAGAGAUGAAAACACGAAAUGGUGGGAGUUCACAGAUAUCGUCACUGUAGAUCUCUCGUCCAAUCAGAUUGCAGAACUGCCUCCGCAAAUCUCUAAUCUGAUGGCUCUGAAGAAAUUGGACAUACAUGAUAACUGUUUGACCUUCUUACCUCAUGAAUUAGGGCAGUUGCAGAAUUUGAAUAGAGUAGAUCUAAGUAGAAAUAAAAUAUGCAAGCCGCUCCCUGAUACAUUUGGGUCUUUGAGAGCACUCGUCCAAUUGAACGCCAAUAAUAACAAAUUGCCGUCUUUUGGGUUGAAUGAUGAGAUGCCGCCAAAUGUUGGACAGCUGGAUUUGUCGUUCAAUGAUUUGAAAGAAGUUGACAGAAAUUUCGCGCUUAUGAAAAAGUUACAAGAUUUGAACCUGUCGCAAAACAAAAUCGUAAAAAUUGCUGCAGAGCUGUCGUUAUGCACAAAUUUGCAAGACCUAGACUUAUCCUACAAUCAGCUAUCUGCAGUUCCAACUGAACUCGGCUCUUUGCCGGAACUUUUGAGGUUGAAUUUGAACAAUAAUAGGUUGACCACCUUCCCUAAGUUUACGGCAACGAAGAAGCUGAGAGAGUUGUUGCUGAAUUCGAACAAGAUCGAAUCGAUGCCAGAAGAAAACAUUGAGCCUCUGUCUGGAUCUUUAGAGAUACUGUUAGUUGCGGAUAAUCAGAUCAAAAGUUUGCCCGCAAAUUUUGAUACUCUGGAACAACUGGCGAGUCUGGAUGUUUCGUGUAAUAACUUGAGCACGCUACCUGACAGACUUGGACUGCUGAAGAACUUGAAGAAUCUGAAGGUUGAUGGCAAUCCGAUGAGGUCCAUUCGCCAGGACGUUCUCAGAGGGGGUCCGGGAGCGGUUCUUAAGUUCCUGAGGAACAGGCUCCCAUUAGACCAAAUUGACUCAAACAAGGCAACAAUUGAAGAAAGAUUCAUAACAGACAGCAAAAUCCUGGACUACUCAAAAAGAGGAGCGACUGAAGUUCCCGACAACAUUCUGAUUGACGCAGAGGUCAAACGGGUUCAAGGGGUCAACCUAGAGCAGAACAAGUUCUCGAACUUAUCCGUAGGCUUUACAAUGUUAAAACAUUCAGUGGUCGAGUUAAACUUAGCCAGUAAUCUAUUCACAGUCUUGCCAGAAGUUAUUCCACAUUUCUACAAUUUGCAGAGUUUGAAGCUCUUCAACAAUCGCCUUACUGAUUUACCAGAAACGAUGAUAAACCUGACUUCGCUUAUAGAGUUGAAUGUAAGCGGCAACCAGCUUUCGCAAGUGCCUCCUGUAAUUUACUCUCUGAAAAGUCUGCAGUCGCUAUCCCUGGCUGAUAAUCGAAUAACAGACGUGGAUCCGGUUGCUCUGAAGGCGAUGACCAAACUUGACACUCUCGAUCUGCAGAAUAAUUACAUCAAAAGGGUUCCUCCUGAAUUGGGACUGUGUGAACAGCUGAAAACUUUGCUUCUGGUUGGAAAUCCGUUCAAACGACCGACGUUCGCUGAGCUGAAUAAGGGAACAGUUUUUGUUAUGGAAAAGCUUCGAAACCAAAUUGUGACUUAACAUUUUAGAGUGCUAAUAGUUGUGCUACUUAAAUCAUAUAGUUGUGACAGAAAUUGACUUGAUAAUUGUACAUAUUCAUUCAUUUAGAUUGGGUCAUUUAAUGGAAUGACUCGU